CACUCUCUCUCUCCGGGUAUGAUAGGCGCGUCAGAAAUUUGAUGAAUUGUGGCAUUUUCCGCGCAUGCGCAGUGCCCAGAAACAGUCUCAUUCGUGACCAGCUCUGAGGCAGAAUAGCCGUCGCGGCGUGCAGUGGGUGUAUAUUGCAGUAUUCAUUUUCAAACUGUCCGCUUUGUUUAUACUUUAUAUUUACCGCGCCGCAGGGAGCCCAAAACAACCUUAGUUGUUAUUGUGAGAAUUGAUUUAAAAUUUGGGUGAUCAAUUAUUAAUAUACAAACCUGCAGCAUAGCAGAGGUAAACAGCGUGUUGAACUGCAUCACAGUCAAACAAUCUCUACCGCACCGUAGGCACCCAUAGCUAUAUACGCUGCAAUUGAUCUGCUGCAGUCAAGUCCACAGUGAACGUUGUACAACGAGUGUCUCAACUGAGUAAAAAACAUGUAUGAUCUUCUACGACAGCUUACUUCAAACGACAGCGGAACCUUUACACCAGAUCAGAUUGACAACACUUGCGACAACCCGCAACCGAAUGUACCGUUCGCCGUGGUAUCUGUGGCUCUGGUAGUCCUCGGACUUUUCGGCAAUAUGGUUGUUGCAUUUAUUAUUCUUGUGUUACAAGAAUAUAAAAAAUCAGUAGCGAACUGGUACAUUCUGCAACUUGCAUUAGCCGAUACUCUGUUUCUGCUGAUGCUGCCUUUUACCGCAUCCAGUGAACUGGUCGGGCAAUGGACUUACGGUGUAGAGCUGUGCAAAGUAAAAGAAGCGAUUCUGUUCAUCAAUUACUACGCCAGUAUCUACUUUCUUGUGGUGAUGAGCUUUGAUCGUUACGUGGCCGUCACCAAGGCCUUUGCUUCUUCCUCUCUUGUGACUCGGCUCCGGAGUCCGGAGGCUUCCUACAUCUUCACAACAGCCGGGUGGAUCAUUAGCAUCCUCUUCUCCGUUCCCCUGUUUAUGUACAGUAGUGUGAGUGGGUGCCACUGUGCUUACCAGUUCCCCUCCUAUGGACAUGAGUAUGGUUAUAUGGAAAGUUACUGUCAACAGUUUAUGCAAAAGUUUCCGGGCGACUACGAAAGUGUUCAGCAUUGUAUAAACGAAACGAGAAACACAAACCUCACAGAACACUUAAAUGCGCUCAAUGAAAGCUUUCCGUUUGAUUACGACGAAUUCGAAGUUUUUGCAGAUAAUAUUACCACGAUAGCCGCAGCAUCUGAAACAGUAACUUUUCCUUUUCAAUACAACGGCUUAGGCAACGAAACUCUCAUUCACAUAUGCAAGCAUCAAGAAAACAGGGUCUUCUUCGUCUGGCUAAGUGUGAAUUUUGUCUUCGCGUUUUGCCUGCCGUUAAUUUUAAUCUCGUUCUUUUACGGGAUGAUCAUUAAAACUAUAAUGCAGUCGAAGAAAGUUGGAAACAACGAAGCGCAGCGUUCUUACCGACGAAGAGUGACCACUAUCGUCCUGGCUUUGGUGUUUCUUUUCGUGGCCAGUUGGUUACCAUGGCAUAGCUUCCAACUGGCAAAGAUCGUUGGUUUUCCAAUGCCGGCCGAAAGCUGCACCAAUUUUCAAUAUGGAGUGCGAAUUACAGCUUAUCUAAGCAGCGCUCUGAAUCCCUUUCUCUACAGUUUCCUAGGAGCUAGAUUUGCCCAAAGACUCACUAAAGCAAAGGAGACGAUGCGCCUGUCAGCCACACGACACUCAAGAGUUUUGAGCGGCGAUUCAAAACGGAAUAAAAGACACCAUAGCACCAGUCACAGCGGCAGUGUGAGGCAGCCUACUGCUGAGCGACCGGCAGAGGCAGCACGAGACGUUGUGUACUGGCGAGGGACCACCGAGAACGGAAACACGGGCGAAACAUUUGCCAAUAAGACAGAGAAAACAGAAGUUUGAAGGAGUUGAAUCUUGAUGGGAAAAAAUGUUAAAUUUGCACAUAUUUAAACAUUGCGUAAAAAACUGUGAAAGACUUCUUGAGACGUUUAUUUUUUCUUGUCUUAAUUUGUUUACGAUUGCGGAACAAUGCAUAAUAGUCAUUUUGCAUGCUAUUAAUUUAGAUACGAUAUACGGACCUGCUUAUCGAACGGCGGUGUCAUGUUUGUGUGUGCGAUUUAAUAAUUAAUGAAUAAGAUACACCGGUAUUUGCGUUAGAGCAAACAACUCAUUUUCCCCCAUGCAGUAUUAAUAUACCCCUGAGUACAGGUUAAAGACUACACUGGAAAUAGGACAAGUCCUGUUUGGGAAUCCUUGACAGUAAUUAUCAACACAUGCCAUCGUGGUUUAGGCUUCUCCCACGCCGUGAUUUGCCACGCCGCAGAAACUAAAUUCCGACGAAUGCCGGAUGCGUAGUGCAUGCGUUCGCUGUCGUGCCCAUUUGUACAUUAUGGUUCAUUCGACAAAAAUAAAUCAUUCUCUGCAAA